AUGUGUACUCUAUUAACUGCUUUAACAUUACAAUGGCAACGUGACGAUUCAACAGACUUUAAUCCGCGGCUAUACGGCGGAAAUCGUGCCGAUCCAGGAGUCAAAAUUAGGAUAAAUCAGGCCGGAUUUUUGUACGCUGGUAGUGUUCUUGGCGAUAUCGUCGAUAAAGAAAUUCGAACUGCUCGAAUACCGGCUGUACGACAAUGUAUACCACAGGUAAAAACUUUUGGCUGCAUAACCGUGUACAACAUGUACAUGUCCCGAUACAGAUGUGCUCAACGUGUUUUCACAUAUCCAGCACCUCCAAACCGAAUCAAUAUUGCUGUUGAGAACUUUGAUACUGGCGUAGCAGGUAAUCUUGGAGGGCAAAUUGUUGUGCUGCUUCCCAUGGUCCUUUCAGGGGCUGUUUACAUGAAUGCUCAUCAGGUAUCUCUCGUUCUACAAAUUGAUGUUGGACCAUCGGCUGCUGGCAAUUUGUCUAUGCAAGUAUCUGGAUGCUCAGCAAACGUUGGUUAUGUUGAUGUAUUUGUACAGAAUGCUGGACUUGUUGGCGACAUUGUGAACAAUCAAUUCAGGGUAAAUUUUCAGUUGUCAGAAAAAUUGCGAUCGCUGCUUCCGAAAAAACUGUGUGAGAUAAUCCCACGUAUGAUCAACGAAAAGGUCAACGAGAAAUUGGAGACUUUACCUUCAAUCGUCGAUAUGACGAUAAUCGAAAGUUUAGUGAAAAAUAUGCUUGGAAAGGCGCCUGAUAUACCACAGCAUAAUGUUCGUAGUCAGUCAGCAGUAGCACCAAUCGCUGUUGGUGCCGCUAGUUCUGAAGGUCAGAAAUGUGAGAAUUGUCCCCAGGCUGCUCUCAGCAAAGAUCCGUUACAAUCGGCUCAAAUCUUCCUGAAAGCUUUCGACUUGAAGAAAAUAUCGGACGUUAGGCUAUGUUUGCAAUUGCUUCAUACGUAUGCUACUUCUGAUGACUACACUUUCGAUCUCGUCGGAAUGUUCAGUAUUUUAAAUUCCGGGGUACCGUUCGGUGCUUUUCCAAUGCAGUUCCCGCAGCGGGUGGAAAAGAGUCGAAUGGCUGAGGCACUUAUCAGCGAUUUUACCAUCAACUCGCUUUUGUAUUCUAUGCACAAGAAACGAUUCUUUACAUUCCGAAUUGGACCUGAAACUCCUAAAAUUGGACCUUUAUUGAGAACUACUUGCUCUGAUGACGAUUAUGAAGGUCUUGAAGAUCAUGGAGUUGAACUUGACGAGGAAGGAGCAACACCUACUACACCUACUACACCUACCACGUCUACUACACCUACCACGUCUACUACACCUACUACACCUACUACACCAGCAACUGCUCGUAGGGUCAGACGACAGGACGAAGGCGGUUUAGCGGACCUUGGUAUUUGCUUUGGGGAUAUUGUACCGACAAUUCGUGAGGAACACCCAAACAAGGAAGUCGAACUUACUAAAAUACCGCAAAUUUUAUUUUUGUCUAACCUAAUAACUUUAAAGGCUAAUGCUGAAAUUCAUAUUGCCGAUUCUGAUCUGAAAGUGGGUACAGUCGGGAUUGACCUGGCACUACAGGUUUCUCUACACUCAGAAAAUCAACGUAUUAAAGGAAACGCAGAGAUUACAAGGCUUAAUUUGACUGACAAAGAUAAUUCUCUUGGUUUACCUCAAGAUGCUCUUGAUAACUUGGGUAGUCUUGGCAAAGAAAUGUUGGCUAAGGUGGCCAAUGACACCUUCUCAAAGGGUAUAAAGGUUGAGCUGCCAAAGACAAAUUUCCCGAUAUCUUUCACAAAUCUGAACUUCCAAAUAUUAGAACAUGCACUUCACAUCGAAACAGACAUUGUUGUUCCUCAGGCUGGUUGUUGCCCCGCAAGAUUUUAA